CAGCGACACGCGUAUGCGGAGGAUUGCAAGAGUCACUCACUCACUCCCAAUAUCACCUCCACCUCUGUCUUCUCACUUCCUCCUACCAAUUCCUCCUAACCCUACUUUGCUUCCGCCCCUCUGCCCUUCUUCGAUCUCUUCUCCCAUGGCGAUUAUCUCUUCUCAGGUCGCUGCCGCUCAAUCUGGCUCCGCUUCCCCCUCCGCUACUGUUGCAGUAGCUUCAGCACGGAGAAGCAGCGCCCGGAUUAAAAAGAUUAAUGAGCAGAUGCAAACCAGCGUCGAAACUGCUCGGAAGAAGAGGGAAGCUAAUCCCAGCUCAAAGAAACCGAAGAAUCAGAAGAAAAAAGCUAAGCCGGAAUCGCCGCAAAAAAAGCAGCCGGAAGAACAGCCGGAGGAGGUGCCGGUUCUUCCGGAGGUGGUGCCGCGCACAAAUAUGAAUCCCCAUGCAAUGGUGACGGAUACCAUUAGGACCUUCAAUAAGUUUUACUUGCAUUUUGUUCAGGCGGAGCAGAAGAGAUGUGCUCAGGACCGAGCUCAGGCAGCAAACGUGAAUUUGAAUUCCAAGGGUGAUGUCAAAAGGACUUCUAAGCGACCUGAUCUGAAGGCUAUCUCUGAGAUGAAGAGACUCAAUGUUACAUUGUACCCUGAGAAAAGAAUUGGCCCUAUUCCAGGUAUUGAUGUUGGCCAUCAGUUCUUUUCACGGGCUGAGAUGGUUGUGGUGGGCUUCCACCAACACUGGCUAAAUGGGAUUGAUUACAUAGGGAAAAGUGGUAACAAAGCUGGACCAGAAAUCGACUUGAAAGGAUACAAGCUACCAAUUACAACAUCAAUUGUUUUAUCUGGACAGUAUGAGGAUAAUUUAGACAAUUUGGAUAGAAUUGUGUACACAGGCCAAGGGGGAAACGACUUGCUUGGUAAUAAGCGUCAGAUUAAAGAUCAAGUGCUAGAGCGAGGAAACUUGGGGCUGCAGAACUGUAAGGAUCAAUCUGUGCCAGUUAGAGUGAUACGCGGUCAUGAUUGUCAAAGCAGCUAUGUGGGGAAAGUGUACACAUAUGAUGGAUUGUAUGAGGUUAUCGAUUGCUGGACCGCCAAUGGUCAAUCUGGUCACACAGUUUACAAGUUUCUUCUGGAAAGACUUAGGGGGCAGCCACCAUUAACAACAGAUCAAGUUCAUUUUACUCGUGGGCGUAUACCAAAUUUAACAUCUGAGAUAAGAGGGUUAGUAUGUCGUGAUAUCAGUGGAGGUUUGGAAGACAUUCCCAUCCCUGUUACAAAUUUGGUUGAUGAUCCACCCGUAGGUCCAUCAGGUUUUACAUACUUGAAAGAUCUUAAAUAUGGUAAGAAUAUACACGUCCCUAUAAAUGCUCCAGAGGGAUGCAAUUGUGUAGAAGAUUGUUCGAAUUCUAAGAACUGUGCGUGUGCAAUAUUCAAUGGAGGUGAUCUCCCAUACGUGCGCCAUAAGGGUGGAAGGCUAGUUGAACCAAAGACAGUAAUCUUCGAAUGUGGUCCAAAUUGUAAAUGCGGCCCUAACUGUGUCAACAAAACCUCUCAAAACGGGCCAAAGUAUCGAUUAGAGGUAUUCCGUACUCCAAAUAAGGGAUGGGGCGUUCGUUCUUGGGAUUGCAUCCCUUCGGGUGCACCUGUGUGCGAAUAUAUCGGUCUUGUCAAGAGAACUAAUGAACUAGACCCUGCUGCUGAUAACACCUAUGUUUUCGACAUUGACUGCUUGCAGACCAUGAAAGGAUUAGACGGGAGAGAGAGUCGGUACCGGGAAGUGCCCCUGCCAUCCCACCUGGAAGAUGCUGGCCAAAACAUUACAGAAGACGUGCCGUUCUGCAUAGAUGGCGAGCUUAAUGGUAAUGUUUCCAGGUUCAUCAAUCAUAGCUGCCAACCGAAUCUGUUUGUCCAGUGCGUCCUCAGCAAUCAUCAUGACAUGAAACUUGCAAGGAUUGUAUUAGUCGCGGCUGAUAAUAUCGCACCAUUGAAGGAACUGUCAUAUGACUAUGGGUAUGCGAUCGAUAGCGUUGUUGGUCCCGAUGGGCAAAUGAGGCGGAUGAACUGUUACUGCGGCGCGCAAGACUGCCGAAAGCGACUCUACUAGAGUUGAUGUGUUGUAGCAACAAAUUUUCCGGCAACUAAGUGUUGUGUGAAAGUGAAGCUGUAAAGCCUGCCUGCUGCCUGCCUUAGUAUCAUUUUUCUUUUUUCCGAGCAAACCCAAAAAGAAAAAAAAGAAAAGAAAAAAAAAGGUCAGGCUGACUGGUCACUUUUGAAUUUGUCAAAGUGCAUGUUGUGAUUUUUGGUGGAAAAAUUUGCAUGAACAUGUUAUUGUAUUUGGACCUCUAUCAUCUGAUGCUCUAUGCUGCUUUGUACAAUAAUGAACCUAAUCCAAAAACUACAUUAGGGAA